AUGGGUGUCCCCAAGUUCUUCAGAUGGAUUUCCGAGCGGUAUCCUGCGAUCUCCCAGCUUAUUGCAGAGAACCGUAUACCCGAAUUUGAUUGUUUAUAUCUCGAUAUGAACGGUAUCAUUCACAACUGUACUCACAAAGAUGCGGGCGAAGACACCAUGUUCCGACUAAGCGAAGAGGAAAUGUUCAUCAGAAUAUUCAACUACAUCGAGCAUCUCUUUGGAAAGAUCAAGCCGAAACAGCUUUUCUUCAUGGCCAUUGAUGGUGUUGCACCUCGAGCCAAGAUGAACCAACAGCGAGCCCGACGAUUCCGUACCGCUCUCGAUGCAGAGAAAGCCCGUGAAAAGGCUGUGCAGGAAGGGUUGGAGCUGCCAAAGGAGGAACCCUUUGACAGAACCGAGUUCAUGGCAAAGUUGUCGCAACAGCUGCGAUAUUUUGUCAACAAGAAGAUAUCUGAAGAUGCUGAUUGGCAAGGUUGCGAAAUUGUUCUCUCUGGCCAUGAGGUGCCAGGAGAAGGAGAGCACAAGAUCAUGGAGUACAUUCGAAACGCCAAAUCGCAACCCAACUACGACCCCAACGUCCGCCACUGUCUGUACGGUCUCGAUGCUGAUCUUAUCAUGUUGGGACUUCUCAGCCACGAUCCUCAUUUCUGUCUUUUACGUGAGGAAGUUACUUUCGGAAGAGCUUCCAAGACUAAGUCCAAAGAACUUGAACACCAAAAUUUCUAUCUGCUUCAUCUCUGCAUAGUAAGAGAGUAUCUAGAGUUAGAAUUUCAAGAACUCAAGACGGACAACUCCCUUAAAUUUCCGUUCGAUCUAGAGCGAGUCAUCGAUGACUUUAUCCUGAUGGCCUUCUUCGUCGGAAAUGAUUUCUUGCCAAAUCUGCCCGGCUUGCACAUCAACGAAGGAGCAUUGGCCAACAUGUUCCGGAUUUACAAAAAGGUGCUUCCAAAGUGUGAUGGAUACCUCAAUGAAAACGGUGUUAUCAACAUCCCUCGUUUGAAGCAUCUUCUUGCAGAGCUUGAAAGCCUCGAGCUCGAGAACUUUGAGAACGACGUGUCUGAUGAGAAAUGGUACGCUUCAAAACAAAUGGAGAAGAAGCUUGCCGGCAAGUCGGCUGCCCACUACAAGACACCCAAAGGUGGACAGUUGGUGAUUACCUCUGCGCAGAGAGACCUCUGGAAACAGAAAAUUCGACCUUUCAUCUCGAAACGAUCUGACAACGAGCUCGAUUUGGGCACUGACCUGAAGGCUGAGGAUCGCAAAUUCGCCCAAGACUUAGCAGAUUCCAUGCAUCUUGAUUGGUCGACUCAGGAGGACGACGAUGGCCGUCGGCAUCUCAUAUUGGCAUUCCCCCCAAAACCUGCAGGCGAUGACGACGAUGACGAUGAAGAGGAAGAGGAGGGAAACCUGGCUGCUUACCGGGUUAUGAAGACAUACGACAAAGCCAUGGUUGUCGAUGUCACCGCCGAAGAUGCGCAGAAGCAGUACGAAAAGCUGUACCAAGAGAAGCAUCAAGCUUGGAAGACCAAGUACUAUCUUCAAAAGUUUGAAGAAUGGGCCCCUGAAAAGUACGAAAAUGAGCUCUUGGCUCUUUGCGAAAAUUACGUUCAAGGUCUACAAUGGGUCUUGUUCUACUAUUACAAAGGAAUUGCAUCUUGGCCAUGGUUUUAUUCUUACCACUAUUCACCUUUGAUCUCAGAUGUCGUUAAGGGAGCCGGCGCAGACCUCAAAUUUCAAAAGGGGCAGCCUUUCAGGCCCUACGAGCAACUCAUGGGCGUUUUGCCUGAUCGGAGUAAGAAGAUUGUGCCCGUGGCAUACCAUGACUUGAUGACGAACCCAAGUUCACCGAUCAUCGACUUUUAUCCCCGAGACUUUGUGCUGGACAUGAAUGGUAAAAAGAUGGAUUGGGAGGCUGUUGUCAAGAUUCCCUUCAUUGACGAAAAACGGCUUCUUUCUGCCAUGGGGCCCAAGAACGAGCUUCUUACUGACGACGAAAAAGCCAGAAAUGGUUUUGGAGUCCCUAUCAAGUUCACGUACUCGCCGGAAGUCAACUUUACAUUCCCAUCACCCCUGCCCGGCGUUUUCCCUGACAUCCCCAAUUGCCGUUGCAUUGAGAAUAUCUUCGACUUGCCUGAUAUGGAGGGUCUCGAGUACGUGUCUGGAUUGGCGAACGGGGCUUUGGUUAGCGUCGAGGCUCUUGCAGGCUUUCCUUCACUGUACACCCUUCCUCACACAGCGCAGUUGGUCGCGGGUUACGGCAUCAAUGUCUUCCAACAAGACAGUCGAAACCCAAGCGUUGUUGUCACCCUUACCGAGACUGAGAAGCGUGCUAAAGUUGAAACCUGGAAGGCACGAUUGGGCCAGCGCUGCUUUGUGGGAUACCCGUUCUUGCAGGAAGCCAAGAUCAUGGCUGUUCGUGAUGAGCUUUUCAGUUUCGAACUGUCAGAAGAUGGCACUUCUGUGGUCACCAGAGAGCAUAACAACAGGGAGGCCGCUGAUUGGGCUAAGGAAGCUGAAUUUACUGAAAAUUGGCAUGGGAAGCGGCUCGGUGUGACUAUUGGACAGGUCGAAUGUUUGGUUUAUGUCCACAUGCUUAAGGGCCUGAUCCGGACUGAAGAGGGUGCGUUGAUCAAGGACUAUGCCGAAAACCUGAGCCUGAAAAGUCUUUAUGCUGGGCAGACUAUUGUAGACGAAGUCGCGAACGAAGAUACGCGAUUCAUCGAGAAGGCAGCCUUGCCGAUUGAGGAGGAAUUUACUCAAGGAACACGAGCAUUCUUUCUAGGCGAUUACGCUUACGGACGACCCUUAGAGGUCACAGGCCAUGUCAACAAGAAGGCUGAGAUCGUUGUCAGCCUGCUGAAAAACAAGGAACCCGAAUUUGCUCGGUCCAUCAUCCAUGAAGCUGAAAAGAUGAAUCCUUACACCCCAUCAUUUGCCGUUGCUAAGAAUCUGGGAAUGCACCCAUUGGUUCUGAGCAAGAUCACCUCGUCUUUCCAAGUUCACAGUUCGGCUGGGCUGAAACUGAAUCUGGGACUCAACUUGAAAUUUGAGGGAAGGAAGCAAAAAGUCCUUGGGUAUUCGAGGAAGUCGCACACUGGAUGGGAGUUUAGCAAUCUUGCGAUCAAGUUGAUCGCUGACUACAUGGUCCAGUUCCCCGACUUUUUCGCUGCCAUCCAAAAGCAGGCGCAGAAGAGUGAUAUUCUGGAGACUGACCUCUGGAACGACCCAGCUGUCGCUUCUCAGCGUGUCAAGGACAUUAGCGCUUGGCUGAAGAAGCAAGAAACGAGCAAAUUCGAAAAGGUCCCCCUCGAGGCGGAGCAGCUUGACUCCGAGGUGGUUAUGGCACUCGCCAAGGUUGGAGAGCAGGUAUUCCAAGCAUCUCAGGAUGUUGAGAUAAGAAAGCUACGCAGUGUGCCACGAUCAGCACUUCUCAAGCCAACUGACGCAGAACUUGUCCUCGGCAACCAAAACUUUUCGCUUGGUGACCGAGUGACAUUUGUUGCUGCUGCUGGCAAGGUACCAAUUGCAACCCGAGGAACCGUGGUGGGAAUCAGCCGUACCGCCACUGCACUACUCCUGGAUGUGGUGUGGGAUACCUCGUUUAUGAGUGGCACAACGUUGAAUGAGAGAGCCCCUAUGUUCCGUGGCCAGACUGUUGCCUCAUCAUCUGUGCUCAAUACUUCACAGAAACAAGUGGUUUCAGCCUCGAGCAAAUCUCAGCAGCAGCGUCGCAAUGUUCCUAUAACCAAGUUGGGAUCUUACGGAUCCGUGGGAGUUACCCAGUACACCGAUGCUCCUACUCCCGCUCCACUUAGGGGAGGAUGGCGAGGAGCUUUGAACGGAAGUGGAUCGCAUGGUCGUGGCGGCCGAGGAGGGAACCCUAAUAAUGGACAACGUGGUGGAGGACCUCCUCAGCUGGUUCACAGCACUCUUGUCUAUCGCGGAGGACCCGAAGGCAACGACCAAACGCGUCACACAAAUGGCCAUGGUGGUAGAGGUAGCCCCCAUCCUCGCGGAGGCGCAAGAGGUCGUGGUGGGCAGCAAGGAGGAUAUACCCCUGCCCCUCAAUCAGGGCCGACCCCGGAGUCGGGAGCUAUGUAUAGUAACGUGCCUCCUCCGGCGAAUCUCGACAGCGCUCGUGGAAGAGGCCGUGGGAGAGGCCGUGGUGGGAGAGGCCGAGGCCGAGGCCGAGGAGGGUCUGCGCCAAACCACGAUGCUUGA